AUGGCUCCCCCCGCGGGCACCUCCCUCCUCGCGCGUGCGCGCCAGGCGCUCGCCAAGUACGUGCGCCCGCCGUGGAACUACACGGGGCCUACCGCGUCCGCGGAGUUCCGCGAGUCCGUCCCCGUGCUGGGGGAGUACCGCCCCUUUGCGCCGACCAACCCGCCCGCCAAGGCGUCGAUUCCGCAGAGCGAUCUCGACCGCGUCUUUAACAUUAAGUACCACGACCGCGAGCGGCGCCGCGCGGUGUUCGAGACUAAGAAGGAAGAGCUGACCGUUGCGCAAAUCAUGGAGGGGAUCCGCGGAGGCGGAGCGAGCGCGGAGGCUUCGGGGGAGGCUGCAGGGGCGGGAGGGAGCUCAGGGGGGGGUUCCGCGGAGUACGCUCCGCCGACCCCCGGGAAGUGGGAAACCCUCUUCCUCUCCAUCCAUCCCCCUCUCUCCCGCCACCCCCCUCCCCCUUCCCCCCCUCUUCUCUCUCCACCACCAUCUUUUUUGAACCAUCCCCCCAUCCUUCGCCCCCACCCCUCAUUUAUUUGCCCCUUCUCUAUCGUGUUGUUCCCUUCUUGCCUGCUGCUCAUUUCCUAUUUUUCUGUAUCUCACUCUCAGCAGCACACCUAUGGCACGGAUGCUGUGGUUCGUGUUCUUGCUGAGGUUGCUGAUGCUGCUCCUGCUCCUGUUGCUCCUGCUCCUGUUGCUCCUGCUCCUGUUGCUCCUGCUCCUGUUGCUCCUGCUCCUGUUGCUCCUGCUCCUGUUGCUCCUGCUCCUGUUGCUCCUGCUCCUGUUGCUCCUGCUCCUGUUGCUCCUGCUCCUGUUGCUCCUGCUCCUGUUGCUCGUGCUCCUGUUGCUCCUGCUGCUCCUGCUGCUCCUGCUGCUGCUGCUGCUCCUGCUGCUGCUGCUGCUGCUGCUCCUGCUGCUCCUGCUGCUCCUGCUGCUCCUGCUGCUCCUGCUCCUGCUGCUUCCACCUGUGACUACUUCCCAAGUUCAACUCGCCCAGGGCUGGUUGCUGCAGGAGUGGCUGCUGCUGCUGGCGUGGCUGCGGGGCUGGUUGCAGCAGGAGUUGACGCACAGGCACGGAAAAUCCUGUGCUGA